AUGGCGACUUUAACGACAUCAAGUGAAUGUUCACAAUGCUCGAAGACUAAAGCACAAUGCACUUGUCGAGGAUGUCAAGGCUCGUUUUGUACGAAGCAUUUCAAUGAGCAUCGCCAACAAUUGUCAGUGCGAUUCGAUCAAGAAAUUGGUGAAGCUCAUGACGAGCUUGUCCAACAAAUAGACAAGCUCACACGGCAAAACAAAAUUCAUGAUGAUAUUUUCUCUGAAAUUGAUCGAUGGGAGACAAGAAUGAUCAAAAAAAUUCAGCAAGUAGCGGAGAAGGUUCGUCGUCAAAUCAUCGAAUUGGUCAGCCAAGGAACAGAGACUUUGAAUGAUGAAUUAAAAGCUUUGACCAAGGAUAUUCGUCGUUGUCGGCAGGAAGACGACUUUGUUGAAGAAGAUAUCGAGAACCUUCGACAAAAAAUAUAUGAACUACAGUCAUCAUUCGAAAAAACCACUGUUUCAAAUGAUAUCGAAGUUAUUGAACGAAAAGAUCCUAUUAAAUGGAACCGUAUGAUCUAUGCCAGGAAGCGUCAACAAAUGCUUUUACCCAGUAUUCCUCUUAAUGUGAAAUGGGCACUCAAAGGUUGCACUAUUGCUGGAGGUCAUGGACGAGGUGAUGCAUUAAACCAACUAAACGCCCCUUUUAGCGUCUACAUCGAUGAUAAACAGAGUAUCUAUAUUGCUGACUGUGAAAACCAUCGUAUUGUGGAAUGGAAACCAAAUUCAACUGUUGGCGAAGUGGUGGCCGGUGGGAAUGGAUCUGGCAAUCGAGCUAAUCAGUUGUGCUGUCCUACUGAUGUCAUAGUUGACAAAGAGGCAAAUAGUCUCAUCAUUUGUGAUCGAGGAAAUCGACGAAUUAUGAGAUGGUCUUGCCAAAGGGGCACUUGUGGAGAGACUAUCAUUUCAAACAUUGACUGUAGCAGGUUAUCGAUGGAUAAUCGAAGAUCUCUGUACGUAUCUGACUGGAAAAAGAAUGAAGUAAGACGAUUCGAUGACGGCGGUACUGAAGGAACUAUAGUGGCACGUGGCAGUGGACCAAGUGAUCGUCUCAGUCAACCUACUUGCAUUUUUGUCGACCAAGAUCACUCAGUGUUCGUUUCGGAUUACGAUAAUCACCGCGUAUUGAAGUGGAUAAAAGAUUCACAUGAAGGUAUCAUUGUAGCUGGUGGAAACCGAGAAGGAAAUGAUCUAACACAACUGUCUCAUCCCCAAGGAUUGUUCGUUGACCAGUUUGGUAGAAUCUACGUAUCAGAUCAGAGAAAUCACCGAGUGAUGCGCUGGUGCGAUUCAGCAAAACAGGGAGAGGUCAUUGUUGAUGCAAAUAAUACAGGAGAUUCAUUAUGUCAGUUGAAUCGUCCAAUAGGCUUAUCCUUUGAUCAACAUGGCAAUCUUUAUGUCGUUGAUGGAGGUAACGAUCGAGUCAUACGAUUUAAUAUGCAGCCAAAUUGA